CGGGAGAAUAAUUUGUUUAUUUGGAAGGACGGGCUGAGUACUAGGGUUACCGAUGAUGGGGGGGACAAUUUGUUUAAUGGGGCGCUGGGUUGGGUAUAUGAAGCGGGUUUGUAACUCCUCUCCUAAGUCAUUUUCGCGGGAAGCUGGGAUUAAUGGUUUACGUUUUUUUUUCUUUGGUUGGGAGUUAGGUCUCCUGGGGAAGCCGGAUGCACUAUGGUUCUCACCGGAUGGGGAGUAUCUUGCUUUCUUGAAGUUUGACGAGACAGAAGUAUGCUCUCCAUUCAUACUUUCUACCAAGCCCAUGUGGGUUAUUAUGGCGCUAAACUAGGCGAAUGUAGGUACCAACAUAUACCAUGACGUCCUACAUGGCUAAGCAACGAGUUGCCCCAACUUACCCUAAUGAGAGGCUUGUAAAGUAUGCUAAAGCGGGAGAGAAUAUCUCCACUGUUACCUUCCAUCUACUCGAGGUCAACAGCCCAUCUGCCCCGAGGAAGAUUGACUUUCAAACAUAUGCUCCGGAUGAUUUGAUAAUCACCGAGGUUGCCUGGGUCACGGAGAAACAUGAGCGCGUCAUCCUCCGCACUCAGAAUAAGUCACAAGAUACGGAAAAGUUAGUUUUGAUUGAUGUUGAGAGCGGGGAUGCACAGGUUGUGAGGGAGAGGGAUGGUACGGAUGGAUGGUUGGAGAAUUAUUUUGCUAUUACUUGCGAGUUUUCCGUUCCGGGGUGUUAAUGUGGGUUUGGGAGUCACUAAUUAUUUUGGAUAGAUAUCCCGGGACUUUCUACUCCUGCCUAUGUGGAUAUCUCGGAUCAUUCUGGCUGGGCGCAUAUUUAUCUUUACCCAGUGUCUGGUGGUGAACCGAUCCCGUUGACAUCUGGUAACUGGGAAGUCACCGCGAUUUACUCAGUCGACGUUAAGCGCGGUCUGAUCCAUUACCAAUCCACCGAGUGUGAUUCUACAGAACGCCACAUCUUUACUGUGAGUCUUGAUGGAAAGACAAAAAAUGCUCUCAUGGACAUCACCAAAGACGGAUAUUACGAUGCCAGCUUCUCUCCCGGAGGAGGGUACUACACCCUGAGCUAUAAAGGACCAAACCUACCAUGGCAGGUGCUUCGCCGCAUAGGCUCCGAUACUCCCAUCCGAGUGACGAACGACAACGCCUCCCUCAAGAACAAACUUUCCGCAUAUUCUCUUCCCAUAAUCUCCUGGUCGACUCUCAAGCACCCGGAUGGAUAUGAGCUCAACCUCAUGGAGCGUCUUCCGCCAAAAUUCCGUAAGGGAAAGAAAUACCCAGUACUAUUUGAUAUAUAUGGUGGCCCAGGUUCGCAGCGCACUGAAAAGACCUUUCGACGGACAGUUGACUUUAGCGCAUACUUGGGUUCGGAUCCCGAGUUGGAGUACAUUGUUGUCACCGUGGACAGCCGUGGAACGGGGUAUAAGGGGCGGAAAUUCCGUACCAUGGUCGCGGGUCAGCUGGGAAAGUUGGAGGCGGAAGAUCAAGUUUGGGCCGCCAGGGAGUAUGCAAAGCGAGACUAUGUUGAUGGGGAGAAGAUUGCUAUUUGGGGGGGGAGUUACGGCGGAUACCUCACUGGUAAAGUUCUUGAAUUGGAUUCCGGAGCGUUCUCUUUAGGCAUUGUAUGUCCUUUCCCCAAUUCCCCUCCUAUCCCCACUCUCAACCCAGCCGCUAAAGUAGAAUAGAUGACCGCUCCAGUAACAGAU